AUGGCCAUACAACCGGUAGAGGGUGAGAAGUUGCCGGUGAAACCGGUUGGAGUGUUCCCACCUACGCCCCCCGAGACGAUCUUUGGCGAUGCUUCGACGCCAAGCCCGCCAGAAUACCCGCUGCCUCCACCAAGCAAGGCUCCCACGGAGGUGCUGGCGAUUGACGAGAAGACACCUGACGCACAUGUUCCCCGCGACCCCAGGUUAAUCCGGCUUACUGGUGCCCACCCAUUCAACGUCGAAGCCCCUCUUUCAGACCUGUACAACGAGGGUUUCUUGACCAGCCCCGAGCUGUUCUACGUCCGCAACCAUGGUGCCGUACCCGAGGUCAAGGACGAGGAAAUUCCGGAUUGGGAGUUUACCGUGGAGGGACUGGUCGAAAACCCAUUGAAGAUCACCUUCCGGGAAUUGCUCGAGGAAUAUGAGAACGUCACGUACCCCAUCACACUCGUAUGUGCGGGUAACCGACGGAAAGAACAGAACGUGGUCCGUAAAUCGAACGGUUUCUCUUGGGGUCCGGCCGGUGUCUCGAAUGCUCUGUUCACUGGCGUGGUCCUGGGAGAUGUCCUAAGGAGGGCCAAGCCUCUAAGGAAAGCCAAAUAUGUCUGCAUGGAAGGUGCAGACAAGCUCCCCAACGGCUACUACGGAACUUCGGUCAAGCUCAACUGGGCCAUGGAUCCAAACAAGGGCAUGAUGCUCGCACACAAAAUGAACGGCGAGAUGCUAACGCCGGACCACGGAAAACCCCUGCGCGUCGUCAUUCCAGGCCAGAUCGGUGGCCGCAGCGUUAAAUGGUUGAAGAAACUGAUCAUCACCGAGGCGCCGAGUGACAACUGGUACCACAUUUACGAUAACAGAGUGCUGCCGACCUCGGUGACUCCGGAAGAGGCGGCGAACGACCCAAGGUGGUGGAAGGACGAGAGAUAUGCCAUCUACGACCUAAACACCAACUCGGCGAUAGCGUACCCGGCCCAUGAGGAGCGGUUAGACCUGGCAACUGCACCCGAAACGUACAGCGUCAAAGGCUACGCGUACGGAGGCGGCGGCAGGCGAGUAACUCGAAUGGAACUUUCCCUCGACAAGGGCAAGACGUGGAGAUUGGCGAAUAUCGACUACGCCGAAGACCGCUAUCGCGAGGCCGCCGUCGACCAGAAGCUCUUUGGCGGAAGGCUGGACAUGGAUUGGCGCGAGACAUGCUUCUGCUGGUGCUUCUGGAACAUCGACAUACCGGUCAGCGAACUCAAGGAAGCCAGCGACAUUGUCGUCCGAGGUAUGGACGAGGGCUUGCAUAUCCAGCCGAGAGACAUGUAUUGGUCUGUUCUGGGUAUGAUGAACAACCCCUGGUUCCGGGUCACCAUUAGUCUGGAAAACGGUGUCCUCCGCUUCGAACACCCAACACAGCCCGCGCUCAUGCCAGGUGGUUGGAUGGAGAAGGUUAAGAAUGCGGGCGGAAACCUGACCAACGGCUUCUGGGGCGAGAAGAUUGGCACCAACGAGGAGGCGGAGGUGGUUACGGUGGAGCCGGUCAAGGAGAUUAAGAUGACCAACGAUAAAGUCAACAAAGCCAUCUCAAUGCAAGAGGUGAAGAAGCAUGACGGCGAAGAGUCUCCCUGGUUCGUGGUAAACGGCGAGGUUUAUGACGGAACGGAGUUCUUGCAGGGGCAUCCAGGCGGCGCGCAGAGUAUUAUUUCUGCUGCCGGCAUGGACAGUACCGAGGAGUUCAUGGCAAUCCACAGCGAAACGGCGAAGAAAAUGAUGCCGAAGUACCACAUAGGCACGCUGGAUGAGGCUUCGAAACGCAAGCUGAGUGAAGGUGUGGAGGAGCCAGAGGAGCCCGAGGAGCCGCGAGAAGUCUUCCUCGACGCCAAGACCUGGCGGAAGGCGCUCAUCGACACCAAGCAAACCAUCUCGGCUGACACGCGCAUCUUCACCUUUAAGCUCGACCAUGAGAACCAGACCCUCGGGUUGCCCACAGGCCAGCACUUGAUGAUGCGGCUGCGGGACCCUGUAACGCGGGAGGCCAUCAUCCGCAGCUACACGCCACUGUCAGAGUCGUCGCAGAAGGGCACCUUGGACGUGCUGGUCAAGCUUUAUCUGAAAACAGAAACGAUGCCGGGCGGUAAGAUGACGACGGCGCUAGACUCGCUGCCGCUGGGCCACCCGGUCGACCUCCGCGGACCCAUCGGCAAGUUCGAAUACCUUGGCGCGGGUGCCUGCAGCAUUAGUGGAGUGCGGCGCGACGUCAAGCACUUUGUGCUGAUCUGCGGCGGCAGCGGCAUCACGCCCAUCUUCCAGGUGCUGCGCGCGGCCAUGAAGGACGUGCCGGGGCCGGGACCGACGUGCACUCUGCUGGACGGCAACCGCACCGAGGGCGACAUCCUGUGUAGGGAACAGCUGGACGCGUUUGCGGCCAAGCACCCCGAUCGCUUCAACUUGGCCUAUGUGCUGUCGAACGCGUCUCCGGAGUGGACGGGGCUGAAGGGCUUCAUUGGGAAGGAGGUGCUUGGCAACUACGCCAAGCCGCGGGACGACGCGCUCGUGCUGCUGUGUGGACCGGAGCCGAUGGAUCGGGCAGUGCGGGCGGUGCUGGUAGAGAUGGGUUGGAAGGAGAAGGAUAUGUUGUCUUUCUAA